AGUAGUAGAAGUAGCGCUGCGCAUGCAGUUCUGUCAACAGACUGAUCUGUCAAUGUAGCAUAUUAUGUUCGUCAGGUUUUUCCAUUAAACGUUGAUAUACUGUUUUCUCUUUCACUUAAGAAUGUUUGUGUUGACUAUUGUGCCAUGGAGAACAGUAUUGACCACGUAAAGAACUGUAUCAGAGACUUUCCCGUGGAGGCUCGAGAGCUGUAUCUCAAUGACACUGUGCCAUAUUUGGAGAAGCCCCCAACUCCACUGCAGUUUUAUCGCGAGUGGAUUGGCCCCAACAAACCAUGCAUCAUCCGCAAUGCAUUCGAUCACUGGCCCGCCCUGUCAAAGUGGAAUCCCCAAUACCUCAGGGAAGCUGUGGGCUCCAAGGUAAUAAGUGUGGCAGUCACCCCCAAUGGAUACGCCGAUGCGGUGUACGGCGAUCGCUUCGUCAUGCCUGAGGAGAGGCGCAUGACAUUCUCCUCACUGCUGGAUGUGAUCGAGGGCAAGGUGGAGAGCAGCGGGGUGUUCUACGUCCAGAAGCAGUGCUCCAACCUCACAGAGGAGCUGCCAGAGCUUACGGACGAUGUAGAGCCACACAUCCCCUGGAUGAGUGAAGCACUCGGGAAGUUGCCUGACGCCGUCAAUUUCUGGUUGGGAGAGUCCCGUGCUGUCACCUCAAUGCACAAAGACCACUAUGAGAACCUCUACUGCGUGGUGUCAGGAGAGAAGCACUUCAUCCUCCUGCCUCCGUCAGACCGCCCAUUCAUCCCUUACGAGCUGUACAAGCCAGCGGUGUACCACCUGAGGGAGGACGGCGGCUUUGAAGUGAUCGAUGAGGAGGGCCCUGAGAAGGUGCCCUGGAUUCCUGUGGACCCCCUGGAUCCAGACCUGGAGAAGUACCCCUCCUACAGGCUGGCCCGGCCCCUGCACUGCACAGUGAGGGCUGGGGAGAUGCUCUACCUGCCCUCCCUCUGGUUCCACCACGUACGCCAGUCUCACGGCUGCAUCGCAGUGAACUUCUGGUACGACAUGGAGUAUGACAUUAAGUACAACUACUUCCAACUGCUGGAGUCGCUGGCAGGGGCUGUGGGCCCAUUAUGACAUCACACGGAACACGGCUCCAAGAUUCUAAUCUGAGCUUAGCUCGCUGAAGCUGCAGCAUUGGCAGCAAGUGACACUCAUGGAAACUCUGACUGACUGGCUUGACCGACCAUGCGUGAGCCGCCCAGUGCAACAACAGCAGACCUUUCCACCCCUUGACCUAGCAAAUCAGUGGCAUUGUCUUGCGGCAUGUGAUGCUUUGAGACUGUGCCUGCCCAGACCUGGCCUGGUGUGAAGUUUGACAGGCCUUUGUCAAGUUGGUGCGCUGACUGUUUUUUGAAGGAAAGGCAAGGGUGUUAUUAUUGCAAAACAGAGGAAAUGUGUUACGCUUAGAAAACAUUGGAUCAUUGCAUUACAUCAGCCCACCUCAUACUUGCCAGGGAAAACUCUGGGGUGAGGGUGGGAGACGAGGAAAAACUUGCUUCUUUUUAAGCUGCACUCAAACUCACAAACUCUUCAACAUAACCCUGCUCCACCCAUGACGGUAAACAAAGUGCAAUAAAUACACAUGCUUUGAAUGUAGGGUGUAAUAAAUACCAUUUUUAUUCAGUUUUUUUUCUCCUUCUACUCUGGAAGAUGUGUUUUUCUUAAGGGUAUAGAGAAUAUAUAAACACUGAGGGUAAAAACACUCUGAACUGAGGAUCGGUGCAAAAAAGAGGGAAGGGAAAAGAAAAAACUCACAAAAGUUUCCAAAAAGAAACAGCCUUGGAUAAGGGAAACCAUCUGGUCCACCUGGUAGGUUUUAAGACUAAGACAAUCAUUGUAGUCAUCAUUACAAAUAAAAAGUAAAACAAAAAAACACAAGCGCAAUAAUAAAGAGAUUCAUGGCGAUUCAGGAUUAGUCAGCUUAAGGAAGUAGCAAAGUAUUUCAAGAGAUCUGAAUGGAUCUAUAUGUGCGGCACAAGUCAACUAGUACAACCAUGCAAGCCUAUAAAGUGAGACUCAGUCCAGCCCCUUUGCCCUGUCUGUAAUCUCAUGCAUAUAUUCCCAUGCUACCCAUUGACUGACUGAAGAACACAGAUCAACCACGUACUGUACUGCUAAGAGUGUAAUGUACAGUCCCCACAGUGUCUCUGCCUCAGUUUUCAGCCUUGAAAGGUGAUUCUACAAAAUGUGUGCAACCAUCCUCAAAUGUACCUCUUGAGACCAUCUUCAAACCUGUUCCCUUUGAAUUUAAGGACUUUUCAGAUUUGGUGUUGGAAAUCAUAUCCAAUUUUAGAGGGUAUCCUGGGAGGAGACUUAUCAACAUUUGAUGCAAUUGAUGGCAGAAUAUUUUCAGCCAGGUUUGAAAGCUUCUUUGUAAGGAACUUGGAGGUCAUUUGGCAUCCAAGCAACGCAAGUUUUCUGGCCCUCAAGGGUAAUUGGUUGGAGGCAUGCUGCAGUCAUGAGAUAGCAAUGGUGUUAAUGGGAUUGAUAUUUCAAAAAUGUGACAUU